AUGGUCGCAUUCGAUUGGGUAAAGCGUGAGCGAAUACGGAAUGUUAGCCCGACAGACCAAAGUCAAUCAGUAGCUAUGACGAGCUCAAGCUCUCAAAGUCCUUCGGACUUUGCUAAACCUUUGCGGGAUAAUGGACGUUUCGCGAACCCCCCGUCUUUUGACAAAUGGACCGGAGUUCCUGGUUUUUGGAGUCUAUUGAAGUGGAGAUUGUUUGAGAAGGACAACUCUAAUAUACCAGACGACAAUGCGGAAUUAGAUGAAGUGUUACCCGUACACAAUGGAACGAAAUUCGAAUCAAAAUCGAAGGCGGAAAUGUUUGCUACAUGGCUUGGACACGCGACUGUACUAGUUCAAAUGGAAGACAUACGGUUCAUCACUGAUCCCGUUUGGUCGAGACGAGUCUCAUUUUCACAAUGGUUUGGACCCAAGCGUUACCGUCCGCCUCCCAUGGAAAUUGAGCAUCUACCAACUCUCCACUUCGGCGUCAUUUCCCACGAUCACUAUGACCAUCUUGACUCCUAUGCAGUAACAACGAUAAAUGAACGAAAUCCUUCAAUGAGAUGGUUCGUUCCUCUUGGCAUGCAAAAAUGGAUGAGCUCCAUAGGAAUCCGUAAUUCUGAGGACUAUCCAGAGAAAGUCACGGAAAUGGAAUGGGGUGAGCACGACUCAUUUAAGGUUGAUGAUAAAAACGUGACAGUUUGGUGCCUCCCUUCCCAACACUGGGGACAACGAGGUGCUUUUGACAGGAACAAGCGACUGUGGUCAGGAUGGGCCGUUGUGACGCCGAAUCGCCGCUUUUACUACACGGGAGAUACGGGAUACUGCGACCGCGAAUUCAAGAAGAUUGGCAGCCGCCUCGGACCAUUCGACCUUGCUGCAAUUCCUAUAGGUGCAUACAGCCCAAGGUGGUUCAUGAAAUCUCAGCACAUUGACCCACACGAAGCCGUAGCGAUCCAUGAUUUGGUGAGGUCUAAGUUUUCUGUAGGAAUUCACUGGGGAACUUAUCACAUGGGAUCAUACGAAUAUUACCUCGAACCAAAGGAGCUGCUAAAUGAUAUAAUGCAGAAUAGAACGGAUCUUCCUCCGUUUGUAACUCUAGAAAUGGGACAGAUAUGGGAAGAAAGCCAAGAUUCGAAUGAAGACACUUUAUCCUGA